AUGGGUGAGCUUGAGCCAUGGAUGGAUGAGGGCUACAUACGAGGUCUCUGGUACCAAAUGGGGGAACAAGUGAACGUGAAAUUUAUUCGGGACAAAUUCACGGGUGCUAACGCGGGCUACUGCUUUGUGGAUUUCGUGAGCAAUGCUGCUGCAGUCAAAGCACUCACCACUGUCAAUGGAACGCCCAUUCCUGGUACAAAUCGUAUGUUCAAGUUGAAUUGGGCAUCUGGUGGCGGAUUGAGUGACAGGAAUAGAGACGAUCGUGGACCAGAGUACUCGAUCUUCGUGGGUGAUCUAGGGCCUGAAGUGACAGAAUGGAUGCUUGUGUCUGUCUUCCAGCAACGAUAUUCCAGUUGUAAGUCAGCAAAAAUUAUGACUGAUCCCAUGACGGGAAUGUCACGUGGUUACGGCUUUGUACGAUUCGCUGACGAGUCCGAGCAACAGCGUGCUCUAGUCGAAAUGCAGGGACUCUAUUGCGGAAAUCGCCCAAUGCGUAUUUCAACGGCAACACCCAAGAACAAGGGUGCCACCAAUCCGAUGCAGACAACUGCAACAGGAUAUUAUCAACAGCCACCUCAAAAUAACCCAAACAUUAGUCAAUAUAAUGAUCCGAAUAAUACUACUGUGUUUGUUGGUGGAUUGUCUGGGGUUAAUAGUGAAGAAGAGCUACGAAGCUACUUUGCUGGGUUUGGUGAGAUUACCUAUGUUAAGAUCCCACCGGGCAAGGGAUGCGGCUUUGUACAAUUUGUUCAUAGGCAAAGUGCAGAAAUGGCUAUCAAUCAAAUGCAACACUAUCCGAUUGGAAAUUCGCGGGUCCGGUUGUCGUGGGGUCGAUCUCAGACUGACAAGAGUUCCAUGGGCGCGUAUCGCCCCCCAUCACAAGCGCCACCACCUGCAUAUAACCCAUUAAGUAUGACUCCCGCACCUUCGUACGUGUAUUCGCCAUCUACUCCCGUAAUACCUCCCCUACCCGCAGCUCAAUCUCAGAUUCCUUCACAGGUAGUCGAUCCACUAGAACCAGUUCCUGUAAAGCGUAUGAAUGAGAUGUAUAUCACGAAGAAGGAGGGAUUGUUGGAGAAAAUUGAGAGUGAUGGAAGCAGUUGGAGGGGAAUCUAUGCACAGUGA